AUGGAGGUCACCAAUGUUAUGGAGUAUGAGGCCAUAGCCAAGCAGAAGUUGCCCAAGAUGGUCUUUGACUACUAUGCCUCUGGUGCUGAGGACCAGUGGACUCUCAAGGAGAACAGGGAGGCUUUUUCAAGGAUUCUGUUUCGCCCGCGCAUUCUCAUAGAUGUUUCCAAAAUUGACAUGACCACGACCGUUUUGGGAUUCAAGAUUUCGAUGCCGAUUAUGAUUGCUCCUACUGCCAUGCAGAAAAUGGCCCACCCCGAUGGGGAGUAUGCAACUGCAAGAGCAGCAUCAGCAGCUAACACUAUUAUGACACUCUCAUCAUGGGCUACUUCCAGUGUUGAAGAGGUUGCCUCCACCGGGCCAGGAAUUCGCUUCUUCCAGCUAUAUGUCUACAAAGACCGGAAUGUAGUCGCGCAGCUGGUUAGAAGAGCCGAAAGGGCGGGGUUCAAAGCAAUAGCUCUUACUGUGGAUACUCCAAGACUUGGUCGCAGAGAAGCGGACAUUAAGAACAGAUUUGUUUUACCACCAUUUUUGACCCUGAAGAAUUUUGAGGGUUUGGACCUCGGAAAGAUGGAUAAAAGUAAUGACUCUGGGUUGGCGUCCUAUGUAGCUGGCCAAAUCGAUCGCUCGUUGAGCUGGAAGGACGUGAAGUGGUUGCAGACGAUCACUUCCAUGCCGAUUUUAGUCAAAGGGGUUCUCACGGCGGAGGACGCUAGGCUGGCCGUACAAUCUGGUGCCGCUGGCAUUAUUGUGUCCAACCAUGGAGCUCGUCAGCUCGACUACGUUCCUGCUACCAUCAGUGCUCUAGAAGAGGUUGUGAAAGCUGCUCAGGGACGAAUUCCUGUUUUUCUCGAUGGCGGUGUUCGUCGUGGGACCGAUGUAUUCAAGGCUCUAGCUUUGGGAGCUUCUGGCGUAUUUAUUGGGAGGCCUGUGGUGUUCUCUUUGGCUGCCGAAGGCGAGGCCGGUGUGAGAAAGGUCCUCCAGAUGCUUCGCGACGAGUUCGAGCUCACCAUGGCGUUAAGCGGAUGCACCUCGCUCAAAGAUAUCACUCGCAACCACAUUAUCACCGAGUCCGACAAGUACCGCACCGUAUCCAGGUUAUAAUUAAGCCACCAAAAUAACCACCAUUCAUUCCUCUGUAACAAAAGAGCUACAUAUAAUCUCUUGGUUAUGAAUGGACUUUAAUUAUUCGAGUGAAGGAAAUUGAGUGGAUUCCAGGGACCCUAUCUACAAGUUUCAACUGAUGACAAUGGAACAUACUUUUAUUAACUGAUUGGCAUCAGUCAUGAAAUUUGAUGUAUAUUCUUCUGAUUACAUAUUGAAAUGCAUAAGUUAAUGUCAGCUUCUGUUGAAAUA